AUGGCAGUUCUUAAAACGCUUGGAGAGUCAGAUGGACCUACUAUAGAAGAUUGCAAUAUAAAAUUGGAUGAGAUGAAUACAUUGACGGUGGAUGAUCCUUUAUAUAUUGUUGCUUGUAGUAUCUUUUGUGAAAGUAAGGCAUAUCGAGAGCAAUGUAUGUUGACGUAUAAACAAAGAAAGAGCUUAAAACUGCUUGCAGCACUUCUUAUAUAUAAGAAGUUCACUAGAUGUCGUAUUGGAAGAAGGCCUGAUACAAACUCUUCUCUUAAUGGAAGUGAAUAUGUACAAGAAAUAUUGGAUGGAAAUGCAUCACAUUCUCUGGAAAUGUUAAGAAUGAAAAAGGAAGCGUUUUUAGCAUUAUGCGACCAUUUUAAAAUUAAAGGAUGGUUGCAAGCGAGUCGAUAUAUUUCAGUAGAGGAAAAGAUGGCAAUAUUUUUAUUCACUAAAUGGUGGUACCUACUACUUUUAAUCCAGACUUGGACCAGGUCACUUAUCAUCAACGACUUCGAAAAAUAUUCAAGGGUGCAAUUGGUGCACUUGAUGGGACACUUACCACCUGCCCAACAAACACCAUAUCGAGGUAGAGGGAGGGGAGACUGCUAUCAAAAUGUUCUUGGUAUAUGUGAUUUUGACAUGAUUUUCACAUUUGUUUGGGCUGGAUGGGAAGGAGUAGCACAUGACUCACGAGUAUUAACAAAAACUAUGCGCGAGCCCAGUAAUAAUUUUCCUUUUACUCCACAUGAUAAAUAUUAUUUAUGUGAUGCUGCAUAUCCAAACACCAGAGGAUUUAUGGCUCCCUAUCGUAACACACGAUACUGGUUAUCAGAUUUUCGAAAUGAUCGUCGUGCUAGAACGAAAGAAGAAGUUUUUAAUCAUGCCCAUGCCAAAUUAAGAAAUGUUAUUGAGCGAUCUUUUGGAGUCCUAAAAGCACGAUUUCCUAUACUGAAGACAAUGCCAUCGUAUUCUUUUGCUGUGCAAAGAAACAUUGUUAUCGCCUGUGUUUCUGUGCACAACUAUCUUCGCAAAAUGAAUGUUAUGGAUGAUUUUUUUGAACAAUUUGAUACAGAGGAGAUGAUUUUUCAAGGACCAAACAACAAUGUUAUGCAAGAAGGCACACAUCGGCAAGCAGAUCAAAUGUUUAUGACGAAUUUAAGAGAACAAACUGCAAAUGAGUUGAUGAAUAGGAGAGUUUAG